AUGCAUGCGAGGAACUUUGAGAAGAGGGGUUUCAAGGACAUCAACCUGGAGCGCUUCAUGCACGGCGGCGCCAACGUGACGGGCUUCCAGCUGGUGGACUUCAGCAACCCCAUGGUCAUCAAACUGAUGCAGCGCUGGAACAAGCUGGAUCAGAGGGAGUAUCCCGGCUCCGACGCUCCGCCCAAGUACACCUCAGCGCUCACAUAUGACGGCGUGAUGGUGAUGGCCGAGGCCUUCAGGAACCUGCGCAGGCAGAAGGUGGACAUUUCCAGACGGGGGAACGCGGGCGACUGUCUCGCCAACCCCGCCGCCCCGUGGAACCAGGGCAUCGACAUGGAGCGCACUCUCAAACAGGUCCGGCUGCAGGGAUUAACAGGUAAUGUCCAGUUUGACCACUAUGGCCGCAGGGUCAACUACAAUAUGGACGUGUUUGAGCUGAAGAGUAAUGGACCCAGACGGAUCGGCUACUGGACUGACACGGACAAACUGGUGCUGAUCCAGGAUUCUCCGCUGCUCCCUAAUGACACGUCCGGCAUGGAGAACCGAACCGUCGUCGUGACGACUAUCAUGCCCCUGAUGAGGAACCCCAUUUUAAGAAACUGAGCCCCUGCAGUCGGACGCAAGCAGGAUAUGAAAGCCCUUAAAGGCAGAGUGACGGACACUGAAGGCCGAGCCAAAAUGAAACCUAAAGACACUGAGGAGACGAGAGGAGAGACAGACAGAGACACACACACACACGCAC